GCAGAAAGCUCCAGCUCUGGCUGGCAGAAAGAACUGGAUGAGCAGGAAAGGUAAAGAACAGAGCAGGGCUGUUACUUUCAGUUACAUCGUGUUCACUGAUUUAUGAAAUUUAUAAAAAGGACUUAAAUCUUUUUGAAAAUCAAGAUUCGAAACAACAACAACUACUACUACGAAACAAGUGGGAUCACUAACAGUAUAUCAUUUUAUAUUGACUUCACUGCUGUACGUUUCUAAAGGGAAAGUUAAUCUUGAUCUCGGAAGCCAUUACAGAGGAUUGACUGGAGUGAUAACACCAUGGAUUCGAAAGCUAAGGAGCUUCUCUCUUGGUCUGCAAGCUCUGUGGUGCCUGGAGGAGGAAUCACAGCUGCCAGGCUGUUCCACAUCAUGAGGGACCAGACAGUGACUGUCAUCAUUAUGGACAACCGUAGCGGCAGGGACUUUGAGGAGUCCCAUAUCCAUGUCCCCACACAGAUCUGCAUCAGCAUCCCUGAGGAGGCUAUCAACCCAGGGAUCACUGUGAACCAGAUCGAGGCCAGGCUGCCGGAAGCUUCCAGAGAACAGUGGAAGAGACGGGGGUUCGUAGACUACAUCAUAUUACUGGACUGGUUCAGCUGUGUCACUGACCUCAGACUGGGGACCCCACUCAAGAGCCUCAAAGACGCUCUCUACAAGUGGGACAGCACCACAGAUCUCCACAGAGAACCCCUGGUUCUGGAGGGAGGCUAUGAGAACUGGUUGCUCUUCUACCACAUGUACACGACCAACGCCAAAGUCAGACCCCCCCGACAACACGCCCUCAACACCCUCCCUCAGCUGAACUUCUGCUACCCCUCUUUGGAGGAGCUGAAGCCUUCAGCCCCCCCUCUACCCGCCCAAAAGCCUGAGCGUGAACUGCAGGUUUCGCCGGCCGGCCAGCAGCGGGAGCCGCAGACCAAACCGAGGAAUGAGGACACCAUUUGUAGUGUAGCAGGCCUGCCUGAUGGCUGGAUGAAGUUCCUGAACACGGUGACAGGUACCUACCGCUACUACCACGCGCCAACCAACAAAGUUCACCUCUAUCUCCCUGGGGCAAGCAUUCCCCAGGCCCCCUCUCCACCCCCCCCUCUAUGUCCAAAUACAGCAUUCCCCAGGCCACCUGCCCAACCUGCCCCUGCCAAGAUCACUAAGCCCAGUCCUGAAGUGUAUGCCAAGAUGGAGAUCGCCAAGCUGUCGGCAGCUAAGAUCCGUAACCUAGACCCUGUGGAUGGAGGGAUGGGUGCCAUGCUGACGGGACUGUGUGACAGCAGGACCUGUUACAUGAACUGCAUCCUGCAGUGUCUAUGUAACAUCCCAGCCAUGGCUGAGUACUUCACCAAUAACUACUACCAGGAAGAUAUUAACAGGACCAAUAUCCUGGGCCAUAAGGGGGAAGUAGUGGAGGAGUUUGGGGUGAUAAUGAAGGCUAUGUGGUCUGGCCUGUAUAAGUGUAUCAGCCCCAGGGACUUUAAGUUUACCAUGGGAAAGGUUAACGAACAGUUUGCUGGCAACGAACCACGGGAUGCAAGGGAGUUAAUGCUGUGCCUCCUAGAUGGGCUACACGAGGACCUCAAUAAGGGUGACACUAGUAAGCUGUACCAAUGGGAAGUGAAUGACCACCACCUGGAUGACCAAAGGGCAGCCGACCUGGCCUGGAGCAGACACAAGCUGCGGAAUGAGUCCAUCAUCGUAGCUCUGUUCCACGGUCAGUUGAAGAUCACUGUCCAGUGUCUCACCUGUCAACACAAGACACGCACCUUCGAGACCUUCGAUCACCGCAACCUGCCACUGGCUUCAUCUAACAAGUGCUCCCUACACGACUGUCUGAAGCUGUCCAGUAGAGAGGAAAAGCUAGAUAACCAUAACAAGGUGUUCUGCAGUCACUGCAAAGCCUUAAGAGACUCCAUGAGUAAAUGGGAGAUCUGGAAGGUUCCGCCCAUCCUAGUGGUUUACUUACUUCGAUUGACCUGCGAUGGCAGAGGGAUGCGGAAACUCCAGAGCAACGUUGACUUCCCUCUGGAGAACCUGGACCUGACCCAGUAUGUCAUUGGUCCAAAACAGAGGCUCAAGAAAUACAACCUGUUUGCAGUCUCUAAUCACUAUGGGGGUCUGGAUUAUGGCUACUACACAGCCUUCUGUAAGAACACCAUCAAACAUCAGUGGUACCAGUUUCAAGACAAGGAUGUUUCAGACAUCUCCACCUCCUCAGUCAAGUCCUCUGCCGCUUGCAUCUUAUUCUACUCCUCUCUGUGAGGGGCGGAAGGACACACAGGGGAGUUUGUACAGUAUAUGUGUGUGUGUGUGUGUGUGAGAGAUCUG